CAAGCGUCGACGCCUAUGUCUAAAUUAAGCGUCUGUUUACUGUGAGCUAAGCGUAGCGUCUCCUCUAAGUGUAUAUUCUAUCGAAAUUAUUUACCGCUGCUCUCUUCUUUUAUUUCGAUGAACUUCAGCUUUCCCUGCGAGGUUGAGUGGGUUUUCGUUGAGAGCUGUUUCAGCUGCUGAACCUGAAAUGGACAGUGAAAUUCAACGAGACGGGAGAGUCCUGGAUCUGACUGAUGAUGCCUGGAGAGAAGACAAACUACCGUAUGAGGAUGUCACCAUCCCCUUGAGCGAGCUGCCAGAGGCAGAGCAGGACAACGGCGGAUCCACAGAAUCGGUUAAGGAGCAGGAGAUGAAGUGGACGGACCUCGCCCUACAGAGUCUGCAUGAAAACACCCCGACUUCUGGAAGCUGAAGUUCUGAUCAGGAAUAAAUCAAAACAAUUGUGGACACUGACGGAUAAUUCAUUUCACAAGCGAUGAAAUGUGUUCCCGUCAAAAGGUUUUCAAAUUUCUAACAGCUGAUCUGGGUGGUGUUUUAAUGGAAAAUAGGAAAAGAUUACAUUCAAAAGCCUCAUUUUAAUCAGCUUAAAAUGCUCAAAUAAAUAUCCUGUCGUUUCA